AUGAUGAGCGCAGACGUCGGCGCUCAACCAGGAGUGUCAGCCGCAGCCGCAGUCGAGGCCGUUCUCGCACUGGCAGCGUCAGUCCGAGGCGUGCUUCUCGCAGCCGCAGCCGCAGUCAUGGGAGAGAAAGGAAGAGACGUCGCUCUAUUGAGAGAUAUGCCCCUGCUGCCCGAAGACGGCGCAACACCUCUUCUGUAUCUACACAUACUGAGAAACGACAGAGGAUGGCUGAUCCAGCCGAGGGAUCCGCAAAGCGGUCGUCUCCACCGCCUGAGCAGCCGAGCUCGACAGAUCACGAGACGAAGGAUACUGAAGAGGUGGGUAACUGAUCUCAGAUGGAUAUUAUACCCGAUGAGUAACUGGAUUGUUGAUACUAUCCACUCAAAACCCAAUCGGCCGCGCAUAUCGAGCACGGAGCUGCGCGAGAAGCUUCUCCGAGAAAAGCUAGUAGCAAUGCGCCGUACUGCCUCUCAUGAUAAGGUAGGUGGUAAUACGACAGCGUCCAAGCAGCAUACCGAUGGAACAUGA